GCCGAUUCGAAAGAACGAGUCGUGAUCGCAAUCCGCACCGAACACCUACAACCACCCCACCACUCCCACCACUUCCAUCACCGCCGCCAUGUCUUUCCAGGACGCCAAGAAGGGAGGUUCCCUUGACGCCCCAAAGAUCCACAAGAUCCGCAUCACCCUCACCAGCCGCAAAGUGCAGUCGCUGGAGAAGGUCUGCACCGAGCUCAUCGAGCGUGCCAAGAGCAAGGAGCUGCGCGUCAAGGGCCCCGUCCGUAUGCCCACCAAGAACCUCAAGAUCUCUACCCGUAAGACUCCUUGCGGUGAGGGAUCCAAGACCUGGGACAUGUUCGAGAUGAGAAUCCACAAGCGUCUCAUCGACCUGAACGCACCCACUGAGGUCGUCAAGCAGAUCAUCAUCAACAUCGAGGCCGGUGUUGAGGUGGAGGUGACCAUUGCCGCAUAAAUUUGUGCGCGCACGGUGCAGGAUUGAGGAGGCCAAGAGACCAUCAUGCGUCGGCCUCCUCAUGCCAUCUUAUGCCAAUACAGUUAGGCUGGAAAACAAAUCCCAACAGCUCUGACCUGUUCCUGACCAAACAUGAUUUCCC